AUGCCUCUUGUCGUACAAAACUUGCAGCCCAGGGUGAUCCUUGGGACAAUGACCUUUGGUCCCGAUGAGUCCAAGGGCGCCCGAAUCACCUCUCUCGAUGAAUACAACAAAUGUCUUGAUUACUUCCAGCAGCAGGGGUUUAAUGAAAUCGACACUGCCCGUAUCUAUGUUGGUGGACAGCAAGAGGCAUUCACCGCGAAGGCAAACUGGAAGUCACGCGGCCUGACCCUGGCCACCAAAUGGUAUCCUCACGAAGCCGGUGGCCACAAACCCGACGUUAUCCGCGAGAAGUUGGAGCUUUCGCUCAAGGAGUUGCAAACCGACACUGUCGAUAUUUUCUACCUGCAUGCACCAGAUCGUGGCACUCCGUUUGCCGAGACUCUUGAGGCUGUGAACCAAUUACACAAAGAGGGCAAAUUCGUACAGUUUGGUCUCAGUAACUUCACUGCCUUUGAGGUAGCAGAGAUUUGUAUUCUCUGCGCUGAAAGGGGCUGGGUUCGUCCAACGAUCUUCCAAGCUAUGUACAACGCUAUUACACGCAAUAUUGAGACUGAACUUGUCCCGGCCUGCCACAGGUACGGUCUUGAUAUUGUUAUUUACAAUCCCCUUGCCGGUGGACUUUUCUCUGGCAAAUACAAGUCACAGGAUGUUCCCGCGGAAGGCAGGUACAGUGAUGCAGGCUCCACCGGUCCCAACUACCGAAAGCGUUAUUUCAGAGAUGCUACCUUUGAGGCCCUGAGUAUCAUUGAGCCUGUUGCUGCAAAGCACGGUCUCACCUUGCUGGAGACAGCCCUGCGUUGGGUUCGCCAUCAUUCAGCCCUGCGAAUGGACAACGGUGGUCGUGAUGGCGUUCUGGUUGGAGUUAGCAGCUUCGGUCAGCUUGAGACUAAUCUCGCUGACCUGCAGAAGGGCCCUCUUCCGGAAGAGGUCGUCCAGGCGCUUGACCAAGCCUGGUUGGUUGCCAAGUCCAACUCUCCCAACUAUUGGCAUUUGGAUUUGAACUACACCUAUGAUACCCAAAAGGCCGUGUUCGGACCUAAGGCUCGCAACUCUCGCCGCUCUCGACCCUGCCUAUUCGUCCCAAGCGGCUUCAGAAUCGCAUAUUCGUGUCCUCCCAACGGUGUGGUUCAAUUGUCGCUAUAUCAGCCGGAUGACUGGCAUCUCAACAGCGCCCUCCUUUUCCUAACGACCUUGGCCCACACAGCCACGCAUACUCUCACCGACGACGUUGUGGCUUCCGAUAGCGUUGAGCUUGCAGAGCCGCGGGUGAUCUCGACCCCGGACCCAGUCCACGAUUAUCCAGACUCGGACGACGAUAUGGCCGUCAACCGCCCCCCAUUGCACCGCCCAACGGAUGGCCGCUCCCAACAGCCUCUCCUCACAGAAGACCACCAUCGCCGGUCACGAUCCAGCUUUGGAAAUGCCGACACAGAAGCCCGCCCCAUGCUACACCACACUAGGCGACCGACAAUUCGGAGUAAAAGCCCGGAACAUGAUGCCGCCCAGGCAACCAAGAAAAAGUACAUGGUCGCAUCGGGGUUCCUCGUUCUAAGCCUUAUUAGCUUUGUGGUACAAACGGAGACAGCCUCAUAUAUCCAAAAUGAGCUCGGAUGGAAGAAGCCGUAUUGCAUGCUCUAUAUGACCCACGGUUCCUGGUCUCUUCUAUGGGUGGUUCAGCUCGGCAUCCUUCGGUUACAGAAACGGUCGCUCUCGUGGGAUGCUUUCUGGCGUCGUCAUGUCUCGCUCGUCCGCACCACCGCGCAGAUGGUCGCAUCUCAAGAAGUCCAUCUGAGUACCCGCGCGUCGAAUCGCUCGCCUAUCCGCUACAUGGCCAAGACAACCGCCUUUGUAACCAGCGCACUUACCAUUGCGGGAGGAUCAUGGUAUGUGGCGGUCAAUAUGACCACAGCCAGUGAUCUGACCGCAAUCUACAAUUGUUCUGCCUUUUUCGCGUACGCAUUCUCCAUUCCACUCUUGAAUGAGAAGCUGCGAUUCGACAAGGUGUUCUCUGUAGCUGUGGCCACUAUCGGUGUGAUGGUGGUUGCGUAUGGAGAUCGACCCGAGAAGAAGGCCUCCAAGGGAGGCGAGCCGGAUAACAGCGUGCAGAACAGAUUGCUGGGAAACAUCGUCAUUGGCAUCGGAAGUAUUCUCUACGGUCUGUACGAAGUGCUUUACAAGCGCUUUGCUUGCCCUCCAGAAGGCACCAGCCCCGGUCGGGGUACUAUCUUUGCCAACACUUUCGGCAGUCUCAUUGGGUGUUUCACCUUGUUGGUUCUGUGGAUCCCAAUUCCGUUGCUGCAUUGGUUGGGAUGGGAGACAUUUGAGUGGCCAACGGGCGAGGCGGCGUGGAUGUUGAUCAUCUCGGUCGCGGCCAAUGCCACAUUUUCCGGCUCCUUCCUUGUGCUCAUCUCUCUCACCUCACCCGUUCUUUCAUCCGUAGCGGCCCUCCUUACCAUUUUCCUUGUCGCCCUUGUGGACUGGUUCCGCACCGGGGAGCCGCUUUCUAUGGCAUCUAUCAUCGGAGGUAUACUGAUCAUGGUGGCGUUUUUCAUGCUGAGCUUCAGCACAUACAGGGAGCUGAAUGAGGAGCGGAAGAAGCAUCUAGAGAACGACCAAGUCGAGUCUGAUAGCGACGAUUAG